AAUACUUGUGACCUAGACCAGUGCUUCAAUAGGAGAGUAUCUUCUAUAACACCUAAUACUUGUGACCUAGACCAAGUAUCUUCUAUAACACCUAAUACUUGUAACCUAGGCCAGUGCUUCUAUAGGAGAGUAUCUUCUAUAACACCUAAUACUUGUGACCUAGACCAGUGCUUCUAUAGGAGAGUAUCUUCUAUAACACCUAAUACUUGUGACCUAGACCAGUGUUUCUAUAGGAGAGUAUCUUCUAUAACACCUAAUACUUGUGACCUAGACUAA